CGAAAAGAAAGAUCAGAGUAACGUUGACAGCGGAGGAUUCAGUCCAGUUGCGGACUUGCGGGUAGAGGAGCCGCCAGCCCCGCCGCCGCCCGCUGGCGAUGAAGCGCUUCUUCCAGCCCGUGCCUAAGGACGGCUCCCCGGCUAAGAAGAGGCCCACAGCCACUACCGACUCGGGCGAUGCCCCCGCCUCGGCCGGCGCCGGCGGGGAGGAGGGGAGCCCCGGCGAGGAGCCGCACAAGUUCGUGACGUGGAACGCCAACAGCCUGCUCCUUCGGAUGAAGAGCGACUGGCCCGCUUUCUCUCAGUUCGUCGCUCGCCUCGAUCCCGACGUCAUCUGCAUCCAGGAGGUGCGGAUGCCUGCGGCUGGUUCAAAAGGGGCACCUAAAAAUCCUAGGGAACUAAAAGAUGACACAAGCUCAUCACGGGACGAAAAGCAGAUAGUUUUGCGUGCUUUGUCGAGUUCACCUUUCAAAGACUACUGUGUCUGGUGGUCUCUUUCAGAUUCAAAAUAUGCAGGAACAGCUGUGUUUAUCAAGAAAAAGUUUGAACCUAAGAAGGUGUCUUUUAACCUGGAUAGAACGUCUUCCAAGCAUGAAACGGAUGGGCGUGUUAUAAUUGUGGAAUUUGAAUCAUUUCUCUUACUAAACACUUAUGCUCCAAACAAUGGAUGGAAGGAGGAAGAAAAUUCAUUUCAAAGGAGACGUAAGUGGGACAAGAGAAUGCUAGAAUUUGUUCAACGUGUAGACAAACCCUUAAUCUGGUGUGGCGACUUGAACGUCAGCCAUGAAGAAAUCGAUGUCAGCCAUCCUGAUUUUUUUAUCAGUGCUAAGCUGAAUGGAUAUACCCCGCCAAAUAAAGAGGACUGUGGACAGCCAGGAUUCACCCUAGCAGAGAGGCAUCGAUUUGGCAACAUAUUGUCCCAUGGAAAGCUGGUAGAUGCUUAUAGACACCUGCAUAAAGAAAAAGAUAUGGACAGUGGCUUCUCCUGGUCCGGUCAUCCAAUUGGCAAGUACCGAGGAAAGAGAAUGAGGAUUGAUUAUUUCAUUGUUUCGGAACAAUUGAAGGACAGAAUAAUUUCAUGUGAAAUGCAUGGCCGUGGAAUUGAAUUAGAAGGAUUCUAUGGAAGUGACCACUGCCCUGUUUCACUUGAGCUCUCCAAAGCAGCAACAGAAGCACCAGAACCCCCCAGGCCAUCCAGCUAAAAUUUGUGUGCUGCUAUCUUGACCUGUCACUCAUCAUGGUAGUUAUUAGGGUUGUCGAGUAGACUAGUAUUGGGCCCAGGGAUGGGCGGAUGGCCAUUGUUUUGACAUUUACCUUCAGUAAAUCUGAAUAUGCCAUGCUAAUGUGCAAUUCAUGCUCUUGCUGGGAUCUGAUUGUAUUUAUGAUCUAGCAGGCUACUAGUACUAAUGCUACAACACUAGAGGUUAGGUACCAUUGGCCCAUUGCCAUUUAAGCAAUGCAGCUUCGCCAUCUCUCCUAUGAUCUAGCAGAUGUUUGUCUAAGCUGUAACGAAUGUUUGUGCCUGGCAAAUUAUGGAACCAACUUGGCAAGGUAUAAAACAUCUGCGUUUCUUCAUUAGAA